AUGGCGAGCACGGUUCGUGGAGGCCCUGCCAGGUCCCCAGUGUGUCCGCGUUCGGGUGUGGUAGGCGCGGCGCCGCGGACCAUGCCGAGGCGCAGCUCGCGGCUGCGCACGAAGGCGGCCAAGGCCAACGUCGCUCGUGGCGGGCAGUUGUCCCUGGACGAAGACGGCAACAUCGAGCUGGAGCUGGUCCGGAACACUCGGGACCUCUCCGUCGCCACGCCGCGGUGCCGUCCAGGCGCCCUGCUGCGCACGGCGUGCCCGGCUGAGGCCAGCGGCGCUGACGUGGAGCUCUUCAGCGAGCACGUGGGCGUCACGGAGCUCCUCGACCUGCGGUCCGAGGAGGAGCAGCGCGAGGACGACGCCGCGGCCGUCCUCGCCGGCUGCAUCACGGUCGACCGCCUGUACGACCGCGACGACAGGGCCCCUGGGGGCCUCGCGGUCCAGGAAACCACCAUGGACCGUUCCGGGGACGCGCAGCCGGAAGCGACGUUCGUGCGGCAUCGGCUGUCGCUCCUGGACCGCGACAGGUUCUACAAGGCGCUGCUGUGGAAGCUGCCGAAGCUGACAGUGGCGCGGGCGCUGGUCACCCAGAUCUGGGACGGGCAGGGCAGCAAGAACAUCUUCCUCGACGCGAUCAACGCCGGCGGCCUCCCGCUGCUGUACGAGAUCCUCAUCGACACCUCCAAGCCCGAGAUCUGCAAGAGCCUGCAAGUGGCCACCGAGUGCGUCGAGGGCGGCGGGACGCUGUUGUUCUACUGCAAGGCCGGAAAGGACCGCACGGGGCUCAUUGCGAUGCUCGUCCUGGGCCUGCUGGGGUGCUCGGACGCGGAGAUCAUCAGCGACUUCGCGAAGAGCGACAAGCACCGUAAGGUUGCGCUGGGCGGCAUGGAGAACAAGCCGGAGCUGAAGCGGCUAGACAGGGAGGUGUUCAGCCGCGCGCCGCCCGAGGCGAUGGAGCACAUUCUGGGGUACGUCAAGGCGCGGUACGGGUCGAUCGAGGCGUACUGCAGCAGCAUCGGAUUUGACGCGACGUGGCAGCGGCGGCUGCGGAGCGCGCUGCUGAUGAGCGAGGCCGGGCCGGACAACUGA